GCUGGAUGGAAAAUAGUGCUAACCAACCAUUGAUUGGCAGUGACAUGGCGGAAAUGUCCCAAAUCGUAUUGGCAAGCGAAGCAGAGUUGUAUGUACAAGCACUGAAACCUAAUAACAUCCAAGACUUGGGAAAUGCCAAGUAAGAGAUUGCAUCAAGUAUUAUAAUAGUUUUGGUAUUAUGGUAUAUAACAGUAUAUUAUUCUUGAUAACAGUAUAACAAAUUAUGCACCAGUCAAUGUAACCCCCCCCCCCCCAAUCGGGGAGGGGCAGGGAUUUUGAGUUAGAGGGAUAGUAAAAGAGCCUUUCCUUGCCCCCGGGGAAAGGGUAAUUAUGUCUCUGAACCCUGGGAAAAUAGUAUUAUAUAUUUCAUAGAUCAGCAAUAGAAAAUCAAAUUCAUUUAUGUUAUUGUAUUUAAAGAUGCUCCAAAUUAAAGUCUGUAUUAUAAAAUGCAGGGUUCGUACAGGUCCUGGAAAGUCAUGGAAUUUCAAUAUUCCAAAAUCCAGGCCUGGAAAUCCUGGAAAAUUAAUUUUAGUCAUGGAAAGUCAUGGAAAAUUGAAAAUUAUUUUACAAAUAAUGUAUUUUAGUUAUUUCAAAUUACCAGUCAUAACAAAUAAUAUGAAUUGUUGUUAUAUAAUGGAUUUUUGCAAGAGCAAAGUGAAUUUUGUUCUUUUAUUAUAUCUGUUAUCGUUAAAAUAUUAACGAAUUUCAGAAAUUCCAGACUUCCAGGUCAUGGAUUUUGAAAAAAGUGGUCAUGGAAAAGUCAUGGAAUAUUUUAGAUGGGAGAAGGUGUACGAAUCCUGUAAAUGUGAACAUGCAAACGCUUUGUUUACAUUUUGAACUGCUAUAUUUGUAAAAUAUGAUAUACGAACUGAAUAUCUAACACUUUUCUGGUUUGCUAUGCUUGUAAAUGAAUAUAAAUUAACUCUACGUUUCAAUUCAAAAACGUUCAAAAGAUGCAACAUUUUGGCAAUGUUUAUAUCCGCGGAGUGCAGUUACCCCUUUGUUAUGAGCAGAACUGAUACGCAGAACAUACUUUACAGCAUCUUUAAACUUUUCUUGUAAAUGUAAAGAAAACUAAAACAGCAACACAGGAUAUAUAUGUUAAUUUAACCACUGACUCCAUUCCAAAACCCGGGGCUGGGGGGGGGGAGACAAGUGCCCCCAGUCUAUGGUAUUAGAAGAGGCCCUGGUGCGGUGCCUUCGAUCUCCGAUUAAUUAAGCUCUAAAAAAGUCAAACUUAAAGAAAUAAAGCAAAUCUGGUGUCAUAAUAAAUCUAAAUAUAUUCUAGCUUUGUCUGUCUAUGAUAAUUUCGCUGAAAAAGUCUGUUUGUCUCAAUAUAUUUUGGAUUUUUAACAUUGCGUAGGCUUGGCACCAUCUCCUGUCUAUUGCUACGAACGGUGCUGAUCUUCAAGUUUUUACCGAACAACUAGCGCCUUCAAAGUUUUUUUUAGUGGUUAACACUUAACAUACAAUUUGCUCACUAUCACUCUCAAAACUUGGUAUUUUGUGGUGUAUAAUAUUAUUUUAAAGUGCUUAUGAAACGAAAUUUUUGCCUCGAUUUUUAUUGUCUUAUUAAAAGGUACUGCUUAAAUGAUGACGAAUGGCGUUUACAGUUUGUUUGUAUCUCAUCUCAUUCCCAAUUUAUCGCACUUUCUAUAUUUUGACUCAAAAUAGUUGCAAUAACAAGAAAAUCUGAUAUUACGAAAGUCACCGAACUGUGGAAUCGCAUCAAAAAUUCGUAUAUCGACCACUCCCACAAACGUCUACGACCACGCCUACAUUCGACUACAUAGUUUUGCAUGUUUACAAUUCUAAUUUUGAACAGCCAAUCAGGUUCUUGGUAAUUGGCUGUUUAAAAUUAGAAUUGUAAACGUGCAAAACUAUGUAGGCGCGGUCGUAGACGUUUGUGGGAGUGGUCGAUAUACGAAUUUUUGAUGCGAUUCCACAGUUCGGUGACUUUCGUAAUAUCUUGAUGAUCAUUUAAUAAAAUUCAAUAAAACUUGGCACACGUAGUGGGUGCAACGAAGUGAACAAUUUGGCUUGUUUAUAUGAUUGUUAUGGCAACACACUCGUCCCCAGUCCCUUUUCUUCCAAUUUCUAUAUGAUCCAUUUCCAACGAAAUAAAUAGUAAUUUCUGCAAUUGUCCCUUAUUACUAUAAUAUGUGUAGGUAUUGUGAUCAGUUUAAAUCAUUAUAACAUGCAAACAUCCUCUGCAAGAGGUCUACAGGAGGAAAUUUUUGAAAAGGAAGAGAAGAGACUGGGGACUAGUGUGUUGCCAUGGCAACCACAUGACCUGCCAAAAAUAUUCAUAUGGGUGCACUCACUAAGUGUACCGAGUUUCAUUGAAUUUUAUUACAUACUCACUAAGAUAUCAGACUUUCUUGUUAUUGCCAUUAGCUCAAGUCAAACUAGUGACGUCACAACUCAAAAUUUAGAAAGUGCGAUAACUUGAGAAUGAGAUGAGAUAUGAAGAAACUGUAAACGUCGUUCUUCAUCGCUCUAGCUGUACUUUUUAGCAAAACAAUAAAAAAUGAGGUGAAAAUUUCGUUUCAUAAGCACUUUAAGGACUUGGUAUUUUGUGGUAUAAUAUUCUGUAAAAAAAAACAAAAUUUUACUAUUUUGUCCGUUGGUGUUGGAUUUAAAAUUUUUCGCGGCGUCUAUAUUUAGACCAUGUUUAUGUUUUUAGAGGACUUUCCGCCAAUUGGAUCGGGCGUUUCUUUCCAACCGCUCUCAAGUUGUCUCGGUUAAUGGUUCCCACUCCCACUCUGUCAUAUCUGGAGUACCUCAAGGAACAAUUCUUGCACCUGUGUUAUUUCUUCUCUAUAUAAACGAUAUUUCUGAGAAUAUUAAAUCCUAAAUUCGCUUGCUUGCUGACGAUGGAAUCAUUUUUAGAGAAAUUAAUAACGGUCAGGACCACGCCACUUUACAAGAGGAUUUAGACAAUCUAAAUAAUUGGACUAACAUCAUCAUCAUCAAGCCCAGUAAACCCACCCUAGUCUAGAGCAUAGGCUGUCGACAAGAGUUUUCCAUGCGUCUCUGUCCUGUGCCACACUCACAAGUUGUCCCCAGGUGUAACCCAUCUUCUUGGUGUCAGCUUCUAGGUCUCGGCACCAGGUGUUUUGUGGUCGGCCUCUUUUCCUUUUCCCUUGAGGAUUCCAUGUGAGGGCUUGUCUUGUGGUGUUGGAUGUUGGUUUGCGCAGUGUAUGUCCCAGCCAUCUUCUUUUCUGUAUCUCUUCGUCUGCUGGGGUCUGGUUGGUCCUCUGCCAUAGGUCUUUGUUGCUGAUGGUGUCAGGCCAGCGAAUCUGGAGGAUCUUUCUCAGACAAGUAUUAAUGAAAGUUCCCCAUACAUAAUGCAUUCACCAACCUAAGUACUUAUUGUGGGCCCGCUUAAUAUUACCUAUGUGCCAGAAUAAAAAAUAAAGUUGGCAAAUGUAGUUAUCUCAUAUGCAUUAAUUUUUAGGUGGCAUGUUAACCACGAACACAUUGAAAAGCUUAAUAUGCAGGUAAUUAUUGCUCAGUAUUGACUACCAUGUGAAUGGAUUAAUUGUUUUUUUGUGAAGUUGGGGUUUCAGUCGUUGAGUUAUAGAUCUUAAUAACCUCUCCCUAACAAUCCCCCUUUUUUGGUGGACUAAUUCUAUUAUACCCCCUCUUUUUCCCCCCCCCCCCCCCCACCAUGACAAAAUAUGGACACUCCUAUGAGGAAAGGUCUCGGUGAUAUUCGAAUGACCCUCUAGUUCGAACCACAUGUAUUGCGCAUUUAAACACUUGAUUAAAUUAUACAGAAGAUAAUUAUCCUAUGAGGCAAAGGUCUUCAGGCUCUGCUUAUGCCAGCAUAUAUUGAGCUCUUGAGGUGGUAGGAAGAAGUCGCGAACCACUCCGGUACCAUUCUCAGACAUGCAUGUAGAAAAGUGUAAGGGCUGAACCAGUGAAUGAACCUUAGAAGUGCUUAAGUCAUGUAAUUUUCAAACAAUGAAUUAUUGACCCAAAAGUAUCUCACAAUACACUGUGCAUUCCAGAAGUCCUCUGUAUUGAAAGUAAAUUUAUGAUGCAUGGUUGCCGAAAAAAUUUAAGCAGUAUCAGUUUUAUAUUUAUAACAAUGGCUUGAACUUUAGACGGUCAUCAACUUGUUCUGUACAUUCUAUGUUAGCUUUUAGUCAUUCCUUUAAACCCAAUAAAACGUGAACUAAUUGGCGUUUUCUAGUAAGUGCAUGUGGUGAUUUUUCCUUCCAUAUAUAUACCAAAUAGAAAAUAAUGGAAGUGAGCCGGUGUUGGUGAUGACCGCGAUAACAUUGACCAAUAUCGCUUGACCUAAAAAUCAUAAAGCAAACAAUUUUCGUCUUCGCUCGAAACGUCGAGGUUCUGGUAGUUAUAUCUCUCUUAAUAUGUCUGUUUUCUGCAUAGUUAAUCCGAUUUUCAACCUUCUCCAUGUAUAAAACUUGAUUCUAUGUGAAAACACCCUGUUCCUUUUUUUGUCAAAUAUUUUUUUCAUAUUUGUGUAUGUUAUAUUUUUAUUUUUUGUUUCUCUACUAGGCCAUAAUGAAUGCUUCUAUGAAUACGGACGAGUUUGUAAAGGAGUUGCUAAUUUCACAUGAAAAAGUACUGUUACAUAUUAAUUAAUCAUAUCAUCAUUGAUUAACUUGUAGUAUUACCUGUAUAACCUUUCUUUCAUCUUUAGAUUCCUAUUAUUAUCCAUGAUGUGUUAGUCAGCGAGAUAUGGAGAAAUAAAGUUCUGCCAUUGAUACUUCAAUCUGAGUUUAACCCUGGAACUACCUUGCCCAUGUACAUGGUGGUAUGAUUAGUUUGCUAAGUGUUUAAAAAAAUAUUUGUAGGUGCAAAUCAGAAAAUAGAAAACUAGUGGCAGAAUCCUUUGUAGAUUCGUGACGAUCAACCGUUUUGUGUAAAAAGCACGCUUAACUGAUUAUUUAUUUGGAAAACAUAGUGCUAGGCCUACGAACAGUUUGGAUCAUAUAAAUAAUAACUAUUUUUGUCUUUGUUUUUAGCUGUUUCACGAAGUCAGCUUGAUAAGUUUGCUGGAGACAACACUGUAUUAUAAAGUACGUUUAUCCUACACUUUUAGCUAUAGACAAAUAGUAUAUUUAACAAAAUAUCAAAUGAUAAACAUAUAUUCUCAAGUCAUUUGAACAAGGAAAUUAAUUUAAUUAGAGGCAUUCGCUGAUAUGACGAUAGGGUAUAUCAAACUGUAAGACUUAUAUAGCGUAUUCUUGUAAAAACGUUUUCACAGUAGUACUCAUAUGCCUUCCAAAGGCCCAGGCUACUGCUAUUUAGCAUGCAGUCCUGGAAUGAGGAUAGUGUAAUUAUUUUUGGCACAUAUCAGUAGCAUAUAUAGAUCAGUGGUUGGGAAAAAUAACCAUCGUUCUCCACGCGCCUGCAAUCAACUCAUGCACUAUAGAUCCUCCCCUCCAACCCCCUUGAAUUCACAUAAAACGACUGGGGUAUUAUAUCGCAAGCUCGCGACAUCUCGUUCCUUUCAGCAGACGGCCAGCACAGGGUACGAUAGUUGCUCUUCUUGACAGGCUAUCUUUGUUGUAAUUAAUAUAAAUUAAUAUAUUUAGGAGAGUUGUGAGGCAGCUGGUGAUAAUAUUAUUGAUCUUGUAGACUUCUGCCAUAGACAAAUUGCUUAUCUAAUAGCAAGGUAAAUUGAAAAAUUGUAGCAUUGUAUAUACGCACUGCAUGUACAUAUCUUUUGUUAGUCUUGCUUCUGCCAUCUGAAAGCAAAUAGAAUGUACUGCAACCUCAUAUCCAGGCUCUUUCCACUACGCUCUUCGCUUGAUCGGCAACCGGAUCGGUAAAAAAAAUUAGCCCACCACCCUUAUGUAAAAAUUUUGUUAUCUCCCAAAAUCUGGGAGACACGUGAUCAGCCUGGACCAGGGUCUUUCUUCCAGCGAGGAGCGUAGUGGAAAGAGCCUGGCUACGAGGUUGACUGUACUGUUUAUUGCACUCUUGCCCAUUCUCGUACCCAGAGCCCUUCUUACGCGCGUUGCGACGAGAGGCUCUGGCCAAAUCCAUAUUCCGAACUGGCAUCUGAUUGGCUAGUUCUAACACCGGACAUUGUUUUCUUACUAUGUUUUUAUGGUAUCCGGUUAUGGAUUUGGCCAGAGCCCCUCGUCGCACCGCGCAUAAGAAGGGCUCUGGGUACGAGAAUGCACUCUUGUCCCAAUGGCCUCGUUUUCAUGUGGUUAUUUCCUCAUGUUUCGUGCACAAUAGGAUUAAGGAUAGGUUUGUGAUUAGGCUCAAGAUCAAAGAGAAACAUAUUUGUAUAGGAAACAUGGCGCGAUAUAACCUUCAUGUGCGCCUGCUAUGCUAAUCAGGCAAACAUGGAAACUAUAGGUCAUGGGGCAAAAGUACAAUAAGCAGUAUAAAGUCUGGGGAUACAAACCAAAACAUUUUAAGUUCUUUGUAGGUUUGCAUGGCCAUCACAAUUGUUUUAUUUUUUUGGAAAACGCAGUCAUAUAUUGAAAAUCCGGGCCUAUGGUUGCCAAAUAAAUAACGCUUAGAAAAUCCGCUAAAUAAAUCUGGGCCUACGAUUGCCAAAUUAAUAACGCUUAAAAAAUAUGCUAAAUAAAUAACGCUUAAAAACAUAAAUAAAUAAGCCUUAAAAAAUCCGCGAUAAAUAAAUCCUGGCCUACGGUUGCCAAAUAAAUCAACCAACACACAGAGAAAUCAAAUAAACGUAAUGUUUUGAAGGAAAACAAAACAAUUAAAUAAAAAGCAGACGAUGCCAGAUUGGCAACGGAGCAAGGUCCUUGACUAAGAAACUGCAUUUUAUCUUGUUAUAUUUAAUGACAGAGAGGACUGCGAUGCCGAGACCACAAAUGAAGAAACUAACUCGACACUUAAGGUAGGCAAACUUGUUUUUCAAACACAUCAAUGUUUGUCAUGACAAAUCAGGGUCUAUACCAUACAUGGUAGAAAUUUCUAGUGGUAGACCCAGUGGCGGACACUUCACGAAAUAUUUGGGGGAGGGGGCGAAAUUUUCAACAUGUAUGCCAAAGGGGUUUAAGGCUUAAAUUAUGCGAAUCUUUCAGAACAUGGGUCACUUGAUGAAAUGAAUAAAGAGUCCCGAGUUGUGCCAUUGGACUGACAUUAGACAUUUUUUCUAAGAAAAUGAAUUAAACAUCAUGUCAAUUUGCGUUGUUGUUUAAUGUAUAGUAACUGUAUUACUAUCAUUUCUAAUGGUUCUAAUUGUUUAAAAUUUUUAUCAGUAGAGCUGUAAGAAUCCUACACAUGCUUACUAUAUAUUGCUAACUUAAGCUUAAGUUUUAUUUAGUAGUCAUUAUUUAAUGACAAUUACGUUAUAUGGGUGUGAUUGCAUGCUUGCCACUUGCUCCUAAACAAUGCUUGUGAAUUGUGAAUUAUAAUGUCUUUCAAGAUUAUUUGGGGGGGGGGGGGUUAGUGUCGUGCGGUUCCUGCCACUGCACUGAGUGUCAAGUUGUAAAUCACGUUCGCAUAAAAGAAAUGCAUCUGGGUUGAUAAUUUCUGAUAAUGUUAGGGUGUGGGGGUUCAUCGAUAAACGGAAAAAAACGAUUCAAUCGUUGUUGUUCUAGGCAAAAAACCGUAGGGGGGGGGGGACGGGAAAAUAUGUAUGAAACUCAAUAAUAUUGAAACAAAAUGGCAUGUUGUCAAAAUCACGGCGCUAGUUCAACGUUUUCUGACGAAACUUCCAACUUUCAAACGUUAAAAACAUGAGAAAAUAACACACCUAACAUUGUUUUUAAAACUAAGGUCUUGAACAUUUUGUGUGAAGUUUAAUCUAACUGUUUAUAGUAUAUUUUGAUAUAUAACUUAUACAAUUUUUUUAUUUGGUUUUUCAGACGGUUUUUACCCAGAACCCCAUCACCCUAUUAUUAGUUGUGGAAUUUAGAAAGUUUUUUAAUCACUCUAGUACAUUGACCAACCAUGAUAUCGAAAACUACUAUUGUAGCAAAGUUUGUAUGACCUAGAGGCUUGAUCUAUAUGUAAAAUGGAUAUAAAACCUCGUUCUAUAUCACAUUUUUGGAUUUCCAUUGUCUGUUCAACAGGAGUUGAUUGAUCAGGCUGAAGAGAUCAGAUUCAAUGUCGGCGUCAAGGCAGUUUCUAUAUUACGUUACAUUAUAGAUCAUAUGUCCAGGUAAGUAUUGCCUGCAUGUAUUGGAAAUCUCUUUGUUUCCAAAUGUCUGAUGUAAAUUUAAUCACUUAUUCUGUUUCUUAGUUUGCCAUUGAGCGUCAUGACUAGAAUUUUAAAUACCCAUGGUAAGAAGCUAAAUGUAUAAUAACUGAACCCUUGCACUAUUUAUAUGGUGACGUAUGGAGCCAGUUUGACUAUGCACCCGUGCACCCCCAAACAACCCCUGCCAAACGUUUCAGGAAAUGUAUACUUACUAAAUAUGGCCAAUAAAUGUUUGGAUAGGAACACAUAUUUUGGACUUAUUUGAUACAAUAUCUUCCCCUUGAGAUAAGAAAUUACGUGAGAAAGUUACUUAUAUUAUACCAUAUUAUUAUUUUCAUGGAAAUUAGGAAGGUUGCUUUAUUCUAGCCCCGUAAAGUGUAAUAGGGCAUGUAUCUUGUAUAUAUCUGCAUGUUUCAGAAUGUUUCGUGCUGCACACUAGUUUUUUCAACUAUACCUUUUUAACUGUGAUUAUACUUAGACAGCCGUAAUUAUAUUACGGUUAACAUAAUAACAUUAGGGCCAUUUAUACGGGACAAAAUAAGACGCGACUUGCAUAAGACGCGACUUAAAUAAGACGCGAGUUUGUCGUAUAAAAGGUACAAAAUUGUUAUGUAACAGGACUUUUAGCUGUUCUUAUUUAAGUCGCGUCUUAAAUAAGAAAUUUUAGACAAAUAUUCUAACUACACAUGCCCGAAACUUGAAACAACGUAAAAUUAUUAGCCUUGCAUAUUAAAACAAAAACAACCGAAACAACAUUAUAGCUAUAGCAAGUAAAUAAGAAUAAAGCCGUAGAGAACCAUUUAUGCGAUAACUCCGCUUAUAUAAGACGCGUCUUUAUGUAAGUCGCGACUUAUUUUGUCCCGUAUAAAUGGCCUUAAUGUUAACAUGAUUUAUUUCUCAGAUAUUCCAGUAGCUUUAGUACAACUUGCCGAGAGACCUCCGUGGAUCAAGAGAGAUAAAAAAGGUAUAUUAGGUUUUUAUAUAAAUUUCCCUUAUUUUCGUACCAUUUGGAAUUACAUAAUUUUCAUUGUCCAAUUAAGCUACUAUUUACAGUAAAGUAAUCAUUUUUACAGCCGAUAAACUAUGAUGAUAAAAAUUUCUAGGAAAUUAAACCUGCUAAAUUUGUGAUAAAAAUUUCUAGGAAACCUGCUAAAAUUUAUUGAUGGGAAGUGGAAGAGCUUACCUGAUUCAGAAAGAUUUCACAUUACUAAAAAUGAAGGCCAGGUAUUGUUUCUUCAGUAAGGACAGACUUUUUUAUUUCUUGUUUUUUUUUCCAAACAGAAUCGUCGGUAGGUCGGCAGAACCAAAUUCAAUCUUUGCCUUCUGGAGCAUCUUAUUCCUGUAGUAUUUUAUAAAGCCAAACGAUUUUAUUCAAUUUAGGGCACGAAUUUACAUGAGCCAGCGGUCCUCAUGAGCCAGCGGUCCUCAUAUUCCCCUUAUUUACGUUUUUGUAGCGCUUUGCAUUGUGGUUAUGUGGUAUCACUGAUAUUCAAGAUGGCUUAUCUUUUUUCCUGACCCGUGCAAGAACUUUUGAAAAAAGCUAGGGUCAGGUGCGCGAUAGCCAACAGCAAAAUAUUCGCGAAAACAUUCAAUAUUUUCAUUCGAGGCCGCUAUCUUUAUCAGUGAUACCACUAUAACCACAAUGCAAAGCGCUACGAAAACGUAAUAAGGGAAAUCAUCAAUUGUGAGAUAGUUGAGGUAUAUUUUCAAUUUUUUUUCAUUUCCAGUUUUUACAGUCGGCGGAUCCGUAAAAAAACCCAAAAAAACAUAGGAAAUAUAAAGUCUGGCCUAAACAUGAACAGUAUAUAGUACUAUGUUUCUUCAUCUUGAAUCGGAUAUGUACAAAUUAAGUCAAACGAUAAUUAUUUGUGACAACAAGUACGAAACUUGUUAUUGAUUUUUACUUAGGUUUGGCUUUCGUUGUUUCAUUUGUUGAUGGAUCCUGAAUGCAGACGUAAAUAUGAAUUAAAUACAUACAAUAAAACUCAAAUUUUAAAGGUAAAGAAAGGAAAGUCUUGAAGAAAAAGUAGGGUAAUUAAUAAAACCAUUUUUUUGUCAACGAAUCAAUUAACGAAUUCGUACAUCCUCAUACUGAAUAUUAAAAAUGUAUUAAGUAUAUAGUUAACAAUUGGAACAUGAAGUUGGUUGCCUCAAGAAGAUAAUGUAUGCUGUACAAAAUAUGCAUGUCAAAUCAGUGAUGGACGGAAUAUGUUGACAAUUUAAAUUCGUACUCCCAAUCAGAUUUCGAACCAUGCAAUUGUGCCUUAAUCUGCUUGAUCUACAACAAAAAUAUACCAUGCAGCUUUGCACUCUGGUGCAGUUCUAGCUAAUAAAUUCGUUUAUUAUUCAUUGUACUAUUUUUUCGUAUUCUUAUUGGUUGAAAGCCUACAGAUAAUUUUCUGUAUCUCGGUGCAGACAUGAACAUGACAAAUAAAUCUCGUAUCUGCUUGUGAACAUGACACAUAAAUAUCUGUAGUGUAGGUGCCCGCAGCGGUAUUUUGCAUGAAUUGGAAAAGAGCGGGAAAUUUUGUAAAAGUAUUUUGUUUUGACAAUAGCUUCUGCUCGUUUUGCUUCGGUUUCAACAGAGCAAAUUGUUUUUGUUACAGAAUGAAUAAUAAAAGAAUUAUUGAAUUUGGCUUACGCAGGAUAUCAGAAUUAUUCAGAUCUCCGUCAGCGUUAUUGCUAACGCUGACCUCGGUCUGAAUAAUUCUGAUAUCCUUCUCAGCCCUCGGCCUCAUCCAAUAAUUCUUAGUUGUAUAAAGUAUGCAAAAUUCGUAAACACUCUCUAUGCAGAGGAUAAUGAGGAUAGACUCAAAAUAUGCGUGGCUUUAGAUGCGAAGUCUAACGUAGAGCGCCAUUGAACUAUUUUCUUCAACCAGCACGAAGUGUUAUAAUUAGCCAUGGCGUGCGAUCCCAUUGGUAUUUUCGGUCCAUGUCAUAGUAAACGUGAAUUUAUUGUACUUAGUGUUUUCUUUUAAAUGAACAGCUUCGAGGUUAUUUGAACGAAAUUCUUCUGGAUCAAAUUCCAAAUCUUAUUGAUUUACAAAGAUAUUUGGAACAUCUGGCAGUUGUCGAACCACCAAUGGCAAAGAAGGAUCUAGUCUUAGAACAAGUUAGUAUGAUCUUUGAAAAAUAAUUACAUUUGGGAAAGUUGCGGACCAUGUGACACUUUGUCUACUAUAUGCACUGAAAUAGGUAUACCCUAGUUAAGUAUGCCAGGUAUAUCGAAAAACGGAAUAAAUAUUAAGUAGCAUACACUGAAAACAAAGUAAACAGUCAACAACAGCAACUUGGCGCAGAUACAUGUACGCUUAAUGUACCUAUUUUUAUUGUUCUUACUGCAAUUUUGUCUGUUUUAGGUUCCAGAAAUACGAGACAAACUUUUGAAAGAAAAUAAAGAUAUGUGGGGGAAAAUAGCAAAACAUCAGAUGAAGCAUUGUUUCAAUCCAUCUGGACAACAACUAAAGAAUCAAGCGAAAAUGUACGUGAAAAUGUAACACUGCGGUUAGUUAAUGCAACUACAUGCUCAUAACUCGAGCUUCAAAAUGGAGGUAAAACCUCCAGAAUUUGAAAGGCUAUGAAUUUGACUCCUUAAUGACUUACCAAUGGAAAAGGCCCUGUUCUACAUCGCGCGCAUUUACGUAUUAAGGCCGAGAUGCACCGGACGCGAUUCGACAACACGGCGCGAUUUUUCGUUUCUUACUGAUCCUGGUUUAAGUUCUCCAAAUAUUUAGAAGCGCUCUAACAAUUUAAGCUAUUUGGUCUACAUAUCUUCUAAAUUUCCUUUCAUUGGCUGUUUUAUUAACUUUUAAAAACUGAAAAAUCGCGCCGCGUUGUCAAAUCGCGUUCGGUGUGUCUCAGACAACCUGGCACCCAGGCCUUUUUACCGCUGGAAGGCCUUGGGCAUGAGGUUGCUACUCAGGUGCUUUUGCAGCUUUUUUCUGUUCUGCCGAUUUAGUUUACAGAGAAACUCUUUCCCUUGCAUUCAAUUCAAGAAGUGAUGUCACAUCCUAGAAACAUAACAUGGCUUAUAUAUAUUUAAUACAUAUUCUGUUUUAUUAUAUAGUAGCGAGUGAGAUACUGAAAAAUACACAGUGAGAUAUUUUCCAUAUCUUCACGAAGAUAUAAGAUAUCGAUCACGUGACAAUUUGCUUUUGAGCGUGAAAUUUCACAAUUUACAAUAUUUUACUCACUCGCUGGGCUCGUUCGUAAAAUAUUGUUUUCACCACUCGAAGAUAAAAGUCAUAUCUUCGCGCCGCCGUGUAAUAUCCUCUAUUUAUAUUCAAUCAUACAUUGCAGAUGGGCGAACACGUACAGUAUAGAAUCUCUUGAAGGAUUGAUAAGUGAUCCUCCUAAAUGUGCGAAUUGUGGUCAGUCAGCCAGUAAGAGGUGCUCGAGAUGCCAAAAUGAAUGGUACUGUAAAAGGUAAACUAUUAAAUACUAGUUAAAACAUCUAGUUCUCGCGGAUAAUUUGGAUGCGAAUGUUUUAACGUGCUUAAAAAACGACCCAUCUUAUGAGUUCAUUGGCAAAGUAAUUUUAAAAAUAAACAUUGUCUAAGGCUAAGCCGAGAAAAUCAAAGCUGAAGUUUAUGUAAAUCAGGACAAAUCUUUAUCCGAUUUGCAAACAUUGACAUUCAUUUCUUUUGUAUUUUCCUCAUGAAUUAUUAACGAGUUUUUUAAUGAAACUUAACUGUUAUUUGGGGUAUAUUCUAAGAUAGCUUUGGUACCAAAUGUCAAUACAAAUAUACCGUAGAGAAGGUGCAUGGCACUGAUGGCAGAAAUUCAACUUCUUUAAAGUCCUCCCUAACCCAUUGAUUCUUGGAAUCCGUGUUAUAUAAAACAGACAGUUUGGCUUCUAACUUCACGACGAAGGACCUUCGCUCGAAAUGUCGAGUUCUUCUUGUAUUUUUCAGGUAGUUGCAUCCCUAUCAAUCCGAAGUUUGAGAGAGCUUUCAAUUCUAGCUGACAUCUCAAAACUCUGAAUUCUUCAUAUCUGACAAAUUAUUUAUUGAGCAAUAUACUUUCAUUUUCUUGUAUAGGGAAUGUCAAGUUAAGCAUUGGAGCAAACACAAAGUUUCAUGCAAUUUAAUGGCUGAGAAGAGGUAGAGCUAAUCUGGGUUGAUGUUAUGUAAAACAAACGGAAUGAACUUCGAUACAAAGGAUAUCAGGAAUGUCCAUAAAGACGUGGAUCAAUCUGCAACACCCGAAGUAUCGGUAUUCGGAUAGACCUGCAUGGGAUUUGAUAAACAGGGACGCCGGAACUGGGGGGGGGCAGGAGGGGCAGCCGCCCCCAUUGCCCUUUACCAGAAGGGGCAAGGGGGGGGGGGCAAGGUGCCCUUUCAAUUUAAAGGAUUGCCUUGGCGAAAUAGCGAAUUGUCAGAAAUGUUAGUGCAAUUCUUUUACGAAUUUGCUUCAGAAAACGCAAGAAAUGCAGUCAUCGAGCUUCCAGAAUAGCACAAUCGCCUGGCGGAGAACCCCCUCACACCCCUAUCAUCCAAUAAAUAGAAAACAUGAUUAGGCGAAGUUCAACUGCCCGAUGUUUUUUAAACAUCUCUUAGUAUAUAUCAAUUCAAAAGUGCCUUUUCACGAAAAUCUGCCCCCCUUGCCUUCACAUCGUUCCGGCGUCCCUGUUGAUAAACAUGUGGAUCAACGAAACCUUGUGUUGUUAUUCAAAACAGUGAAAGUUUUUAUGAUUUUUUCAUUGAAAGUAAUGAUCAGGAAAUAUUUUUGACUCUUUCAAAGCAGACAACGAUGUAAAAUGUAAAAUCUAUUUAUUUUUUUAAAAACUAUAUAAAAAUUAAAACUUUAACCAUAUAUGUACUGUACUGUAUGUUGUGCAAAGGUUUUAAAUAUUCUUCAACUGAUAUAUUAACGAAAAAAUCGGUUGUAACAGGAAAUGGAUUUAGUGUUUUUAAAGAAUUAUUAUUGAUGUUUAUUAAAACUCUCUUGCAGUUAUACAACUGAAUUAACGAGCUUACUAGUAACAUUUACAUAAUAUUUCUAAGGUAAUGUUCAUAUUAAGAUGUUCAAAUUUAGACUAUUAUUAUUUAUUCCUAAUAUUUACAGCAUAUUUCUAAUUAUUCAAUUAAACAGUAUUAAUGGAAAAAUUUAAAAGUAAAAAAGGAUUGUGCUCUGUUCGUUUUACAGACCGUAUUAUUUUUAAAUAGGUAAAAUUAUUCUGAUUUCCUUCUCAGAUUACGCUGAUUCUCAAAGACGACCGGUUUUGGAAGUAGAUUAUGUAGGGGAUGGUCUUUAGAUUUCAUUUUGUCCAUAUAUUUCUCACACAAUAGAUCUCUUCUACUCUUGAGUGUAGGAAUGUCGGCUAGAUUUAGUGCGUCUGUGUACGAAUCACACUCAGGAUAGAUAAUUUUAAGUGAUCUCUUUUGCACGACUUCGAUUGCCUCAGACAAAUAGUCCGGGAUGGCUUGCCAUACCGGUACGGCGUAUUCCAGCACUG